CGAAGGCGCAGUAUGGUCUUGAUGAACCUCAUACAUUUUGAGUCACUUUGUACUUUCCUGUUUUCCCAAGUAUUUAUAUCAUGGAGUAUCCAAGAGUUACACAUCAGUCAAGAAAUAAUUGAGAAGAUUUCAAUUGCUUCCCAAUUAAUGAAUUGCUCUGCUCCAGUCGAUAUCUUAUUUCUGUUAGAUGGAUCCUAUAGCAUUGGCAAAGCAAGCUUUGAAAGGUCAAAAUAUCUGACAAUCAAGCUUUGUGAUGCAUUGGACAUUAGCCCAGAAAAGGUUAGAGUUGGAGCAAUACAAUUCAGCAACACUCCUCGCUUGGAAUUCUCAUUGGAUGCAUAUUUCACCAAGCAUGAGAUAAAAGAUCAACUCAAGAAGAUUGUGUUCAAAGGUGGGCGAAAAGAAACAGGACUUGCUCUGAAACACAUUCUUCAACAAGGAUUCCAUGGAGGCAGGAACUCAUUAGUUCCCCAAAUCCUUAUAAUCUUAACUGAUGGGAGAUCUCAGGACAACGUGUCAACCUUAGCCCAGCAGAUCAAAGAAAGGGGGAUUGCAGUGUUUGCAAUUGGAGUCAACUUUCCAAGGUGGGAAGAAUUGUAUGCACUGGCAAGUGAGCCAGUAGAACACUAUACACUGUUUGCAGAAGACACUGAUGAUGCCUCCAAUGGGUUUUAUACCACGCUUACAAUCUCUGAUAUCUGCAAUGCUGCAUUUCCGGGUUGCAGAGCUGAAUCUCAUGCCUGUGAACACAAAACACUUGAGCGAAUAAAAGAACUGGUUGGAAACUAUUUCUGUUGGAAAGGAUCGCAAAGCAGCAAUAUUGUACGCACUUCACUCUGCCCUUUCUACAACUGGAGAAACAUUUUCAUCAAAUAUCCAUCUACAUGCUAUCGAACCAUAUGCUCAGAUCCUUGUGAUUCCCACCCUUGCCAGAACAGAGGUACUUGCAUUCAACAGGGGUUAGAAGGCUACCACUGUGUCUGCCCAGUGGGAUUUGGAGGAGAUUCCAACUGUGCACCAAACAGAAAUCUGGAAUGCAGUGUGGACGUUCUUUUUUUGGUGGAUAGUUCUUCUAAUACUACUCUUGAAAGCUUCUUGUAUUUUAAAGCUUUCCUGAAAAGGUUUCUCCAUGUAGUGUGGAAUACAGAAACUCUAGGAAAUGUGGCCCUGGCCCAUUAUAGCAAUGAUGUCAAGAUGAUUGCCCAAAUUGGGGAUUACAGAGAUAUGUUCAGUCUGGUGAAUUUCAUUGAUUCCAUGGAGUUCAAUGGAGGGAAUACUUUGACCGGCAGAGCUUUACAAUUUAUUACACACCAUGGCUUUAAACAUGCACCAGUCUUCGUUGAUGUUCCUGAAGAUCUUCCCCAUGUUGUCGUAUUGCUCACAGAUUCAAAAGCUGAGGAUUCAGUGGUAGAAGCAGCUAAGUUCAGUAGGAAACAAGGUAUUUCUAUCAUUGCAAUUGGCAGUGAAUUUUUAAGAAGCGAACUGGUUGAGAUUACAGGGAAUCCAAAGCGGACAAUUAUCUACUCCACCGCUCAAGAUCUACUCAAUAAAAUUACUGAAUUACAGAGAAAAAUCUGUAGCAUUGAUAGCCAAGGCUGCCUAUCUCAGCCCCUGGAUUUGGUCUUUGCCCUGGAUUCCUCAGCUUCAGCUGGAAGGUUUAACUUUGCCCAGAUGAAAAACUUUGUCAGUAGUCUCUCUUCCCAGUUUGGCAUCAAUAGGGAUGUGACCCAAAUCAGCCUUGUUCUCUUUGGUAAAGGGCCUCAAACAGUAUUUGGACUGGAUGCACAUGUUUCUAGUUCAGUUCUUCAGAAAGCCAUCAAACAAGCUCCCUUUAUGGGUGGUUCUGCCUCAGUUGGAAGUGCCUUGCUUCAUAUUCAUGAUGAUGUCACAGUUGUCCAAAAAGGAGCAAGGCCUGGUGUGAAAAAAAUUGUGGUACUCUUCACAAGUGGAGCUGGAGUGGAUGAUGCUGUAGUCCCUGCCCAACAGCUACGCAGUAAUGAUGUAUCACUUCUUAUCAUUGUGACAGAACAUGUACAAAUAGAUUUAUUGUUGAAGAUUGCAGGAUCUUCUAACAGUCUGGUGAGGAUUUCUUCUUAUGAAGAUCUCAGAUACAACGAAGACUUUAUCAUGGAAAAAUUGUGUGAUGAAGCCAAAAUGCCAGUAAAUAUUUGCAAGCCUAACCCCUGCAUGAAUUAUGGAAUUUGUAUUCCUAAAAAUGGUAACUACUGGUGUAAGUGCCAAGGCUGGGAAGGACCUCAUUGUGAAAACAGAAUACAAAGCAGUGACACUUCACAAUCAUGGAAACAUUCAAUGAUCCAUACUCAUCGAAAUUGAGAUGGUUGGGGCUGCUAUAAAGAAUUCACCAGUAUUAAAAAAAAAAAAAAGAAGACACAUGGACUAGAUGCACUAAAACGGACAAAAGAACUUGUGACUUUAGUUACUAAAAUCAUACUUAUCAGGAAAGCGAAAUAUACAUUUGCAAGUAGUAUGCUGCUUCUAAGCACAAAUGUUUUGCACAAAAGUAUCUUAUUGUAAUCGAAAAUAAGGUGACUAAUAAUCUAACAUAUUUUUAUAUUGCAUAUUUAUGUGCUAUAUACUAUUUUUUCAAUGUUAAUUCUAUGUAAUGUUUGCUAUAAAUCCAAAGUUUAACAGUAGUAUAACUUGACAUGCUCUGACAUGGCUUACAAAAGCUAUACUUAAGUUGGUAGAUAUG